CAUGAACAAAUGUAUCGGUGAAAGAAACUCACGGAAGCCCGUUCGCGUCUGAGCAUUGACAAACAUGACAGACCAAAGCGAUAGCCCUUUACAGGAGCUUGAGAAGACAUACUGCCCGCCGCUGGACCCAGCUUUGCUUACGGCGAUCGCACUGGACUUUGAUCUUUCUGAUCAAACUCAAAUCCAGCAACUCCGCGAGACGCUUGAUGCACUCAGGCUGUCCGCUUGGGAGCAGGAGGAUCUGCCAUUCGACCCCUCGGGAACCAGCGGACAAAGCCCCGAGCACAAUGGCGUCGACGCAGAGUGCGAGCGCACGCUAUCGCGCAGCGAUACGAUGCCCUCGCGCGAAACCGACCUGACCAGCUUGACUUCCGGCGUGUCUGGUUUCAACCUCGAGGAGGCUGGCGCUAACGGGCGGAAGAAUCAUGUCUCUUAUAUCGUCCGCUCGGACGGAACACUCGCACUCCACGGGGCGACUAACGAGGACAAGAUUGAUUACCUGGCGGAGAUGUUCCGGUCCGCAGACCGCUUUACCAUCCAGCACACCUUGCAGAAGUCCCGUGGGGAUGUCGAUCGUGCUAUGGAUGAGCUCUUGAACUAUGUCUUUUUCAAUGAGAAGAUUCCCGGUGAGGAUGGCCUCACAGUUGCAGUCCCGAAAGGCGUCGACGGAUUCCAGGAUGCCGACCUGCUCAAAAAGAAGGGCCGCCGGCGCAAGCCCAAGGGAAAGGCUCUUGCACGAGAUCAAUUCGCCCGCUCAUCCAAUUGUGUCGAACCCGUUUCGGUGGCUUCGAAUAUCUGGGCUAUCGCGGAGAAGGAUGUCAAUUUUAUCUUCUCGUUGACGUCGGCGGUCCUCCCAAAGGAAAAGAUUCGAUCGGCCUACCAUGCCAAUGGGGCUUCGCUACCGGUUACUAUCCGGGCUCUCGCGAAUGCACACGCUCCCGCGGACAAAGAGUCUAUUCAGAACGAUGGGCUUAUGGCUGCUCAGGUUUCUGAGCUAACACAGCACUUUCCUAUGGUUUCGCUGGAAACAUCCGCGGGACUACUCAGUAUCACCCGGCAGAUCCCCUCUGCAGCUAAGGAGCUUGCUGAGGUCAUGUUGAAGGCUCCGGAAAUGCAACAGCGCCCUGCGUCUGAGAUGAUUAAAAUCACGGCGUUUCCUCCUUCCCUGGACGAAGAGGAUGAUGAGGCUGAACCCCGCCUCAUCGGACCGCGUUAUGCUCAUAAUUUGGAAAAUGUGAGAAGUACAGCCAACGUUCAUUUCUCUGCAGGAGCUGAGGCAUUCUCCAAAGCGUCAACCGCAUAUAGACGUGGCAAGUCUGAUCGGCUGAUGGGAGGAGCCGCUGCGUACUAUUCUUCUGUCGGUCGUGAUCAUCUUGAACACGCGAGGCGUAAUGCCGCAGCCGCAGCAGACGCUCUCGUCGAUCAGCAGUCCACGCCGACUAGGCUCGACCUUCACGGGGUCUCUGUUCAGGAUGCGGUCCGUAUCAGUCGCGAACGAGUUUAUGCUUGGUGGGAUUCGCUGGGUGACACUAAACACAUGGGGGGCUCAAGUUUCGACAGGACUCAAGGAGGGUUGCAUAUCGUCACCGGAAAGGGCAUACACAGUCAUGAUAAGACCUCCCGCUUGGGUCCAGCUGUUGGCAAGAUGCUGAUUCGGGACGGCUGGAAAGUGGAGGUCGGCGAGGGCUCACUCACGGUCGUCGGGGCCAUGAGACGACGUUGACAGCUUAUCUUCUGGGAUUGCUAUGUUUUGGGCAUUGCGAAGAUACCCUGGGGCGUUUUAUCUACUGGUGCUUGGAUCUGGAGCACGGAAGGCGUUAUCGGCGAAUUUUCUGGUGUUCGACUUAGAGUCUGGGUUAGAAGGACAUAUGAUCUUGCGGAGGACAUAGAACAUGUCUAAUCUACAUGGCAAAAAGCGAUUAUGUAUUUUGCCAACAAUCAGCUCCAAC